GUGGGCCAGGUCUUCCUGUACUUCCAGUGGGACAGCCUGCUGCUGGAGGCGGGUUUCCUGGCCGUGCUGGUGGCCCCGCUGCGCGUGCCGGGGUGGCGCGCGCCCGCCUGGCGCCCGCACGACGCCCUGCCGCUCUGGCUCGUGCGCUGGCUGCUCUUCCGCCUCAUGUUCGCCUCGGGCGUCGUGAAGCUCUCGAGCCGCUGCCCGACCUGGUGGGGGCUCACAGCCCUCACCUACCACUACGAGACGCAGUGCAUCCCCACGCCGCUCGCCUGGUUCGCGCACCAGCUGCCUGUGUGGCUGCAGAAGUUCAGCGUGGUGGCCACCUACGUCAUCGAGAUCGCCGUGCCGCUCUUCUUCUUCGCGCCCCUCCGCCGCCUGCGCCUCUUCGCCUUCUACAGCCAGGUGCUGCUGCAGGUGCUCAUCAUCCUCACGGGCAACUACAACUUCUUCAACGCGCUCACCAUCGUGCUGGCCGUGUCCCUGCUGGACGAGGAGCACGUGGGGCGCUGGCUGGGGCGCAGCAAGAGGAGGCACGGCAGCGCCUGGCCGCCCGGCCCGCGCGCCUUCCUCAGCACCCUGCUGGAGCUCGCCGCCCACGGGCUGCUGCUCUACUGGAGCGCCCACUACUUCGGCCUCGAGAUCAACUGGGAGAAGAGGCAGCUGGACUCCAAAGUGGCCUUCACGUACCACGAGUUCAGCAAGUGGCUGCAGGCGGUGACGCUGCCGCUCGUGGGGCUCGGCUUCCUCUCGCUGUCCUGGGAGGUGCUGGUGGCCCUGUACAGGAGCCUCUGCGUCCGCGGCUGCCUCGGGAAGCUCUGCGCCACGCUGCAGUGGGCCGUCUUUGCCACCGCCACCGUGGGCAUGUUCGCCGUGAGCCUG